AUGUCAACCGAAACCAAAACCAAAUCGGAUGAGUCGUAUGAAACGGAGUUAAGGGCUCUCCGGUCUCAACGAGCUGUCAUCCUUGGACAGCAAACUAAGGCUAAAAACUUUCUGGCCACUAAUUUGAAUUCUCUUAAUCGCUUCCAGGUUGAAACCAAAUUACAGAUGCUCGAGACUCAGAACAUCAACUUCGAGAAGGUGCAAUCCCAGAUCGAACGUCUUGACGAAGAAGAACUCACAAGUGGUAAGAGAGAUGCUUUCGAAGAGACGUAUUACACUCUACGUUCAGAUAUGCUCCAACAUCUGGAUACCUUUUUGGCACCAAAUAGCACCAUCGCACCCAACAACGUCACCAUUUCACAUAAAUCUCGUGUGAACUUACAAAAGUUAGCACUUCCAUCAUUCUCGGGAUCGUAUACCAAAUGGAUGGAUUUCUCAGACAUGUUCAACUCGCUUAUUCAUAACAACAAGGAGCUCACCAACAUCGAAAAGUUUCAGUAUCUCCGGUCUUGCAUCCAUGGAGACGCAGCCAGAGUAAUUGAGUCUCUAGAAUGCACCAGCCAAAACUACGAAACUGCCAUCGAACUUCUCAAAUGCAGAUAUGAUAACAAACGAUUUUUAUUCCAGGCACACAUCCAAGAAAUCUUUCAACUGCACUCCAUAGUUAAACCCACUGUGGAAACUAUUCGUGGUAUGAUUGACACCAUCAAUGUCAAUCUCCGAGCACUCAAUUCAAUAGGUACUACGGAACACAUUUCUGAUGGAUUCUUGCUGCAUUUGAUCUUGUCAAAGUUUGACAACGAGUCCCAAGCCAAAUGGGAAGAUGAAAUAUCGGCCAGACAAGAGCAGAAGACCCUUAGCAAAUUAACCCAAAAUUUGGAUUCCACAACCCUGACAAAUAGUGAUGCCUUUGAAUUCCCAUCCUGGAAUGAUCUCUGCAGAUUCAUGGAGAGACGGUGUAAAACUCUCAACAUCAUCGAAGCAAAAUCACAUCGCAGUUCUACAUCAGCCAACACAUCACAAUCGCAUCAACGAUCACAACAGUCGCAGUCGCAUCACCUCGCUAAAUCAAGAACUCAAGAAUCAUUGUUCAAGAACUCGUCCUUGCUUACAACCAAUCCACCUUCAACGUCACCUUGUGUCUUUUGUAACCAGCCAUCACACAACCCAUUUAGCUGUCAAAAAUUUGUUAACUUAUCUCCAAUGGAUCGCUUCAAGCUCACCAAGGAGUUGAAAUUAUGCCUUAAUUGCCUACGAGGACGUCACACAGUACAACAUUGCAACUCGGCAAAUAAAUGUCAAAAAUGUGGUGACAGUCAUCAUACCUUGCUGCAUCGUGAGCGCAUCGCACCUGCAAUUCCUCAGACUCCUGCACCAUCAGCAACAGAUUCCCAAGAAAUUGCUAAUCCUAAUCCUAAUCCAUUACCUUCGACUUCAUCUACCUCUUUACAGGCAAGCCAUGCUGACAACAUCAAUCGAGAUGCUGGGUACGUAUUACUUGCUACCGCACUGGUUAAUCUUUCCAAUGGAGGAGGUACAUCUUUAAUUGGUCGAACACUACUUGAUUCAUGCUCCCAACUUAACUUCAUCACUGAGCAUAUUGCGCAACACCUCAAGUUGAGUCGCAGUCGCACAUACCUAGACGUCAGUGGAAUUGGACAAGUUAGCACUAUCGCUUAUCAAAGGGCACAAUUAUGCGUUUCAUCGUUAAAUAAUUCCUUUAAGAUAUACUUAGAUGUUAUAAUUCUUCCAGAAAUCACUUCACCUCAACCAAGUCGUCAUAUAAACAUCAAAAACUGGAAGAUUCCCUCCAAUACUUGGCUAUCUGAUCCUCGAUUCAAUCAACCUGGUGCUAUUGACUGUCUUAUCGGCGCAGGGAUUUACUUUGAUCUUCUUCAAGUAGGUCAGAUCAAACUAGGAGAAAAUCUUCCAAGCCUACAAAAGACAUCACUCGGAUGGAUUGUGGGUGGCACAAUAAGGAAUGAUCAAGAAUACACACCUUUGUUGGACAUCGCACCAGUUGGACCAAAAUCAUCUAGCAUCAACUACACUUGUUUCACCACCACUACUACUCCAUCUAUUGAAGAACUCCUACAACAGUUUUGGACCAUCGAAAACAAUCACAUAUCAACAAAGAAACUCUCAAUAGAAGAAGAGGAAUGUGAGACAUUCUUCAAAUCAACAACCACUCGCUGCCCAUUGACCAACAAGUUCAUCGUUCAAUUACCAUUUCGUGAGGAUCGCACAUCGCUCGGGAGUUCAUAUGAAAUAGCAAAGAAGCGGUUAGUAUCAAUUGAACACAAAAUAUAUCGUUCUCUACCAUUACAGAGAGAUUAUUGCCACUUCAUUGACGAGUAUGCACGAUUAGAUCACAUGUGCAAAUUAGAUGCAGGAAAGGCUAUUCAAGAUAACGUCAACUACAUUCCUCAUCAUUGUGUCUUGAAGCCUGAUAGUUCAACAACCAAAUUGCGCGUUGUCUUCGACGCAUCAUGCAAAACAUCAUCAGGCAAAUCCUUGAAUGACAUUCUGAAGGUCGGUCCAACUCUUCAAGAUGACAUCUUCACCAUCCUCGUUCGUUUUCGCACCCAUCGUUUUGUAUUAAUGGCAGACAUAACACAAAUGUAUCGACAAAUUCUGGUAAGUCCCAAGGAUACUAACACACAAUGCAUUUUGUGGCGCAACUACAAAACGAAGGCAAUCGAAAGCUAUAUGCUGAAAACAGUCACCUAUGGCACAAGUUGUGCCCCAUACUUAGCAGUGAGAUGUCUUCGAUUACUGGCAGAAGAAGGUGCACAACAGUUUCCAAUUGGUUCGGCAAUCACAUUGCGUGACUUUUACGUGGACAAUUUGAUGUCAGGUGCCAAUGAUCGUAGUGAGGUCAUUCAAAUCAAAGAAGAGACGACCAACUUGCUUUUGAGUGCAGGCUUUCACCUUCGCAAAUGGGCAUCUAAUGAUCCCACCAUCAUAGCAAACGUUCCGGAAGAAGACAAGGAAUCAUUCAUUGUUCUAGGAGAUAGUGAAGUCAUCAAGGCUCUUGGAAUGGGAUGGGAUCCAAAGGAAGACACUUUUCGUUUCAGCUACAUCGAGUCUCCAAGUCACAAAUCUAACAAGCGUAGUAUUUUAUCGCAGAUUUCACAGUUCUAUGAUCCACUUGGCCUUAUGAAUCCCUUCAUCGUGAAAGCAAAGAUCUUUAUGCAAACACUUUGGAAGCUCAAACUACAUUGGGAUGAGAGUCUCCCAGAAGAUCUUCACACUCAAUGGUUGGAAUAUCGGAAUCACCUCAAUGACAUAAAUCAAAUAAAAAUCCCUCGGUAUGUAUCAACUUGCAAUAUAAACACACAAAUUCAUGGCUUUUCAGAUGCUAGUACCAAGGCCUAUGGAGCUUGCGUGUACCUCAGAACAAUAGACGAAGAUGGAGUUGUAUCGUCGAACUUGGUUUGUGCAAAAUCAAGAGUGGCACCGAUUGCAGAGACAACAAUUCCCAGACUCGAACUUUGUGCAGCACUGCUGCUGGUGGAACUUCUGGACAGAGUCAUAAGCAUUCUUGGACAGCACAUACAGACCUACUGCUGGACUGAUUCAACGAUCGUUCUGGCUUGGCUAGCAUCUGAACCAUGUCGAUGGACCACCUUCGUGAGCAAUCGAGUCGCAAAAAUUCAAAAUUUUCCACACUUCACAUGGAAUUACAUUCCAACUUCGGACAAUCCUGCGGAUCUGGUUUCUCGAGGAGUAUUCCCACACGAACUCAUUGGCAACAAAUUUUGGUUUCAGGGUCCUAACCUUUUGCGACUAUCCGAACAAGAUUGGCCCAAACUUCACAACAAACCCGAGGAAGAAGAGAUUACUGAACAGCACAUUAACAACCGUGUCUUCAAAAAAACCAAGCCUAAAAUCAGUGGACCCAUAACAGCAUUAGAAUUUGACGAAACUCUCAGGUGCCUACUCUGCACGAUUCAACACAACACUUUCGCCGAGGAAAUCAAUAACCUUAAAAAAGGAAAGCCUCUUAAAUCAAGUAUACAACAACUUUCACCAUUCAUCAAAAAUGGACUUGUCCGAGUUGGAGGACGAAUAUCAAACUCAACACUACCAUAUGAUGCAAUGCACCCAAUUUUGCUACCAAAAUCGCAUCCAUUCAUUUACACCCUCAUUCGUCAUCAUUACUAUAUCAACAAACAUGCUGGGCCUCAAACAUUGCAUAAUAUCUUGAGACAAAGAUUUUGGAUUUUGGAUGUAAAAAGCACAGUACGAGGAGUAGUUCACCGAUGUUACAUGUGCUAUCGCAAUAAGCCUGUUCUGGCGCAACAAAUAAUGGGCAACCUCCCGUGUGAAAGAGUAACACCUUCUCGACCCUUUAGCAUAACAGGACUUGAUUACUGUGGACCACUAUAUGUUUCGCAUCGCAUUCGAGGACGUGCACCCUACAAAACCUAUUUGGCAAUUUUCGUGUGCUUCAGUACUAAGGCCGUACAUUUGGAAUUAGUAUCUGACCUUUCAACAUCAUCGUUCAUUUUGGCACUCAAGCGGUUUAUUGCGCGCAGGGGUAAGUGCAUGAAGAUAUAUUCAGACAAUGCUACUAAUUUUACAGGAGCACAUCGGGAGCUUAGAGAGUUGCAUACAUUGUUCAUGUCCGAGCAGCACAACGAAAUCAUUCGUCAAGAGUGUCUUCAAGAUGGAAUUGAAUGGAGUUUUAUUCCACCACGCUCCCCCAACUUUGGAGGCCUCUGGGAGGCAGCUGUGAAGGUCGCCAAGCACCAUCUUCGACGAAUUAUUGGUCAAGCGGUGCUGUCAUUUGAAGAGAUGACAACAGUUUGCUGCCAAAUUGAGGCAGUUAUGAACAGCAGGCCUCUCACUCCAAUGUCCAGUAAUCCUAACGACUUGACAGCCCUCACACCAGGACAUUUUCUGGUUGGGUCACCACUUACCAGUAUUGCAGAACCUCGCAUUGAAGCUUGCAACAUUAGCAACCUGAAACGAUACCAAUUUCUUCAAUGGAUCCAACAAAACUUCUGGCGACGAUGGUCACAUGACUACCUUCAACAACUUCAACUUCGAAAACAAUGGAAUUCUGCACAACUUAACAUUCACAUUAACGAGCUAGUUCUUUUAAAGGAAGAUAACACACCACCUCUCAAAUGGCCAAUGGGACGAAUCGUUGAAAUCUACACAGGAGACGAUGGGAACAUACGUGUGGCUAACGUCAAAACAGCCACAGGUAUCUAUAAACGUGCGAUAUCCAAAUUGUGUCCAAUACCAAUCGAAUUCGAUCCUGAAAAUACAAGCAAAGGUACAUAA